AUGGGGCGGCUGCCGAGGUGUGUGCGCGUCUUGGCGCUCGCGGCAUUGGCCGUUGCGCUUGCCCUCGGAGUGGCCGUCGAGGCGCGGCUCCUCGAGAAGCAGAACUUGGGAGGUGGCGGAGGCUUCGGGGGAGGGGCCGGAUUUGGUGGUGGAGGUGGGCUUGGCAGUGGUGGCGGCCUUGGAGGAGGAGGUGGCGCCGGUGGCGGCCUUGGUGGAGGACUUGGCCAGGGUGGAGGUCUUGGCGGUGGGUUUGGAGGCGGCAAAGGAUUAGGAGGUGGUCUUGGAGGAGGUGGUGGUUUUGGUGGUGGUGCGGGUGGUGGGCUUGGUGGAGGUCUUGGGCAUGGUGGUGGUCUUGGCGGAGGGCUUGGCCAUGGAGGCGGUCUUGGUGGAGGUGGCGGCCUCGGUGGUGGUGGCGGCCUAGGCGGUGGAUCUGGUGGUGGACUCGGUGGAGGGCUCGGUCAUGGUGGUGGUCUUGGUGGUGGUGGAGGCCUUGGUGGUGGUGGCGGUCUAGGCGGUGGAGCCGGAGGUGGUCUCGGUGGUGGUGCUGGUGGAGGAGGUGGACUUGGUGGUGGCGCCGGAGGAGGCGGUGGAGUAGGAGGUGGUCUUGGUGGUGGGGCUGGAGGUGGUCUCGGUGGUGGUGCAGGUGGAGGCGGUGGACUCGGUGGCGGUGCUGGAGGAGGUGGCGGACUAGGCGGUGGCGCAGGAGGCGGUCUUGGUGGUGGAGCUGGAGGUGGUCUUGGUGGUGGUGCAGGUGGAGGCGGUGGACUCGGUGGUGGUGCUGGAGGAGGUGGCGGACUAGGCGGUGGCGCAGGAGGCGGUCUUGGUGGUGGAGCUGGAGGUGGUCUUGGUGGUGGUGCAGGUGGAGGAGGUGGACUCGGUGGCGGCGCUGGAGGAGGUGGCGGACUAGGUGGUGGCGCAGGAGGCGGUCUUGGUGGCGGAGCUGGAGGUGGUCUUGGUGGUGGUGCAGAUACUAAAGCACCUGAAAGUUGGGACUAG